GAUGCCGGUGGGUACAGUGGAGGAGGCUGUGCCUGGCAGUGCGUCUCUUCCGCGUUUUAACGCGUUUGAACGUUGAGACCCGAUUACACAAUGUACUUUCCUCGUAUAGCCUGUGUGUCCACUCUCCCGUCCCUCUAGACAGCAUUGGAAGAAAUAAUCUGUUAACACGCUCUGAUUCUGUGCCCCCUCCCCCGAAGUCUCUUAACACACGAUAGGCUACUACCACCUUAAAAUAGGCUACACAUGCACUGGAUUCCUGGGCCCCGGCGUACCGGCUCCAGCCAUGUCGUCAGGGUAUGCUGCGGCUGGCGGCGGUGACAGAGCGACGGUGGAACAGGCAGGGGAUGUGCUGGUGGAGGAAAACCAAAUGCCCAGCUUGAUGACCCCCUGCUCAGCCGCUGGCAUGACCUCUGGCAUGGAGCUGCCCAGGAAACGUAAGGGAAGUAUGGACAUGGACACCAAAUCAGCCUCCAAUCUGGAUGCAGAUAUGGAGGACGAUGAUGACAGGUCUGAAGGGGAGGACUCUCAGGCUAAAAUCAAGUGCUUCAGGGAGCCUCACAGCCAGAUUGAGAAGCGACGUAGAGACAAGAUGAACAACCUGAUCGACGAGCUGUCAGCUAUGAUCCCCACCUGUAAUCCCAUGUCCCGCAAGCUUGACAAACUGACUGUGCUCAGGAUGGCUGUGACUCAUCUCAAAUCCCUCAGAGGUUCCUCCAGUUCUUUUGCUGAAGCAAAUUAUAAACCGUCUUUCCUCCCUGAUGAUGAGCUCAAACAGCUCAUUCUCAAGGCUGCCGAUGGGUUUCUGUUCAUAGUGGGUUGCGAUCGAGGAAGAAUUGUAUUUGUCUCAGAGUCCGUCACCAAGACACUGAAUUACAAUCGGACCGAACUGAUUGGACAGAGUCUUUUUGACUAUAUUCACCCGAAGGACAUGGGGAAAGUAAAGGAGCAGAUCUCAGCGUCUGAGUUAUACCCCCGUGAGAGACUAAUAGAUGCCAAAACAGGUUUGCCGGUCCAGGCUGACCUACCAGUUCGUGCUGCUCGGUUGUAUCCUGGUGCACGCCGCUCUUUCUUCUGCCGCAUGAAGUACAACAAGAUCUGUGUUAAACAGGAGGACAGGGAGGGGCAACCUAGCUCCUCCAAAAAAAAAGAGUCUCAGAAGUACUGCACUGUCCACUGCACAGGAUAUAUGCGUAGCUGGCCGACCAGUCAGUUGGGGGAGGAGGGGGGAGAGGAGGGCGGUGAGACCGAAAAGGAAAGUUUCCAUUUCAGCUGCUUGGUGGCUGUGGGGCGCAUUCACUCCCUUGCUGCCCCCCUGGUCAAUGGGGUCAAUGAGGUUCAGGUCAAAGCCACUGAAUUUGUCACCCGCUACACCAUGGAUGGCAAGUUCACCUUUGUCGACCAACGAGCCACCACUGUCCUUGGAUACUUACCACAGGAGCUGCUCGGGACGUCGUGCUAUGAAUACUUCCAUCAAGACGACUUGCCACAUUUAGCAGAACGUCAUCGAAAAGUGCUGCGGAGUAAAGAGAAAAUAGAAACAAAUUGCUACAAAUUCAAAACGAAACAGGGCUCUUUUGUCACUCUACAAAGUCAGUGGUUUAGUUUUAUAAAUCCCUGGACCAAAGAAGUAGAAUAUAUAGUUUCAACCAACAAAGUCAUAUUCAUUCACUGUCGACCAAGCAUUUCUGGGUACAAAUCAGAACAGCCAAGUCAUUCCAACUCUUUUGAAGACAAUGGCAAAAAAUCUCUACCCAUCAUCCCAGGGUUGUCCAGUUCUUCCAGUGCCAUGAUCUACCCUGUAAACAUUGGGACUCAGAUCGCUAACGAGCUGCUAGACUACAACAGGAUCAACUCAUCCCCAUCCAGUGGUAAUGUCAGCUCCUUCAUUGUACCACAGGAUAAGUCUCCUGGGCAACUCAUUCAGUCCAGCAGCCAUGUGCCAAAUGGGGAGGAUGCAGACAAGGAGAUCCCUGCUAAGCCCAGCUCAGAGGAGGAACACCAAGAACCAGCCUUCUCUGCUGGAGAAUCACUCAUGGGGGAGAAUUCCCAGCUGGAAAUGGAGAAUAUGAUGGGAUCCGGACUAGGAGGCCUUAGCAACGACGAAGCAGCCAUGGCAGUGAUCAUGAGUCUGUUGAACACAGACGUCAACCUGGGUGAGGCCGUGGACUUUGACGAGAUGCGCUGGUCCCUCUAAAACUUGCAAUAUCUCACUGAAAUUUACUGUGCUCAUCUUUAACUACAUUUUCACCGCAUGUAUGAAACUCCCUGCAGCUUUCUGAAACUCAACCUACACACCGUUGUCCUUUCCACUGUCACCUGGUAUCAACUUGGCAAUCUUUUUAAAACAUGUAUAAUAUUGAAAAAAAUCACAUAAGCUUUAUAAUCUUCAGGUGGAUACUAAAAUGAAUUUUAUCAUAUAUUUUGACUAGAAGAGACACCAGCUCUUCAUGACUUCUAGUAGGAGGAAGCGAAGAGUCUCCAAAGCUGUUCCUUUUAUGCAGCCAUCUUUUGUUUGAGGUUGUCCAUUUCUGCUUUAAGCAGACUGUUCUUGAUUGCUAGCUGUCUCUGCUUCCUCAGAUCGACGGUGUCCCCAUCUCUCGAGGGACUUCAGGAGGUGUGGCCUGUUUGCUCAGUAACCAUUUUGUGUAUCAAUUUUUCACCUUCUGACAUAAAUGCCCACUAGACAACAAACAGUGGCUAGGGGAUUUGUAGUUUUUUGUUUUCUUGGUCAAUCUACACUUGAAUAGAUGUGAGUGAUUUAGCAAGUGAUGCACUGAAAAUUAUUUAGUCAUAGGUUCUUAUUGUAAAUGUAGUGGUAGUACUACAAAAUACAAAGUCUUUAUGGCAGCAGACGGAGAGGACACAGUGUCAACGUUGACUUUUAGUCACUGAUAGUCCACUAUCAACAUGCUGCCUUGAGAAUUUCACAUCCGUGUCCAUGGUUUCACAUGUACAUAUUGUAAACACCUGCCAAUUACCGACUCUCUGGCACACAUCACUUGGACCUGGUGUUGAAGACUUGUUGUGGUUCAAAAUACGACAACCACCUGCCAUCUUGACAACAUCAUAAAAUGUUUUUAUAAUGGAAUUGGAGGUGGAGAUGUUGUAUCAAAUACAUUUGAUCAAAAUGUACAGUAAGAAAUUAUCUGAAACUAUCAGGUAUCACUCAGGGAGCAUUAAAACAGAAACCAUUCCUCCACUGUUUAUUCAAUAUUUUGUACCCUUUUUUAUCACAUUAAGCAGUAUUUAUUUCCCAUGGUUGGUUAAUGCUCCACUGUAUCACACAGUUAAGUGCUAUGUUGGGUUAUAUUGGAAAGUGUUUUUUUUUAUCAUGAUUCAAAUAUGUUGUUUUAAAAAACAAAAAAUGUUUAAUGUUUUAAUUUUUUGUUUGACCUAAUUUCAUCUCUUCUGUUAGUGCAUCUAGGUACAUCUAUGGUUUGUUCACCGUGUGCUUCUUUGUAAUCAUACACACUCGUUCGUGGGUUAUGGGUUCUUUGAUUAAUAGACUGUUAUGCAUAAUGAACAUUCCAGAACCAAACUACACUGAACAAAAUUAUAAACGCAACACUUUUAUUUUUGCCCCCAUUUAU